AUGCUUGCGCGCAACUUCGCACGGAGGGCAUUGUUCACUCCUAUCCGAUGGAGAGUCUUUCAAUCGUCGUUGUCGAACUCCCGUCUUACCCCUGGACAGGUGGAAAUCGUUAAAUCCACCAUCCCCGUGCUUCAGGACCACGGAGUCGCAAUCACUACGCUCUUCUACGAGCGAAUGCUGAACGCACACCCUGAACUCAAGAAUAUAUUCAACAUCGCUCAUCAAGCCACUGGGGCGCAACCCGCGGCCCUAGCACAUGCAGUGUGGGCCUACGCCUCUAACAUUGAAAACCUGGAGGCGUUGAAACCCGCAGUUGCUCGCAUCGGGCACAAGCACGCGAGCUUGGGCGUCACAGCAGAUCAAUAUCCUAUCGUUGGAGAGCACCUUCUCUCGGCCAUCAAAGAAGUACUUGGCGAUGCCGUGGACGAACCCCUGCUGGAUGCUUGGACGGCUGCGUAUCAACAGCUAGCCGACAUAUUCAUAGCUUUCGAAGACGACCUUUACCAGAAAGCCAUGGAAACACCCGGCGGCUGGAAAGGAUGGCGUAAAUUCUUCAUAUCUCGCAAGGUGCGGGAGAGUGACGAGAUUACUUCCUUUCAUCUUGUUCCAGUCGAUAAAGACACUCUGCCAACCUUUGAGCCUGGUCAGUUUGUUAGCAUCAGAUGCUACAUCCCUGAAAUAGGCUUCUAUCAACCAAGGCAGUACAGCUUGUCGGAUAUUCCCAAUGGUAAAUACUUCCGAGUAUCGGUCAAAAGGGAAUUCGCCGCAGGGAUCAGACCGGCCGGCCGCAUAUCCAAUGUUCUUCACGAGUCCCUUCCGGAGGGGUCAGAGGUAGAUGUCAGCAUGCCUUUCGGAGAGUUUGUGCUCGACGUAAAUACGACCACACCAGUUGUGCUCAUGAGCGGAGGGGUUGGGCUCACUCCCAUGAUGUCCAUGCUGAAGAAGCUCGUGGAACAAGGGAAGAUGAGGCGUGUAGUGUUUGUCCAUGCGGUGCGCAAUGGUCGGGUCCAUGCGAUGAAAGAGACUCUCUCCCAGAUUAUCGCAGAAAAUCCCCAGGUCAGUCGCGCAGUGUUCUACGAGGAAGUCAGUGACAGCGACGUGGAAGGUGUGGACUACGACUUCGUAGGGAGGGCCGACCUCAGCAGGAUCAAAGAGAAGGUGGUACUCCCUGAUGCACAUUACUAUUUGUGCGGGCCACUGCCGUUCAUGAACGCCCAACGCAAGGACCUCGAGAGCAUAGGCAUUGACCAAGGACACAUUCACAUGGAAGUGUUCGGUGCUCCAGGCUGA